CCCUCGCAGGAGACCAGCAUCUCAGCACAGGACCUUGUGGACGGCCACACUCUUCAGGCUGAAUUCAAGAUCCCUCUUAUUUGUGAGGCAGCAAGAACUAUGCACAGACAGGGCAACAGAAGGACAACAAAAGAAGGUUCCAGUAAUUUGAAAUUCCAGGACUUCACUCUGCCAAAAAAUAGGUCAUGGCCUCAGGUCAACGGCACCACCGGCCAGUACCGGAAUAUCGAGGAGACUCUUCACUGUGGAAGGAACUUUGCUGCAGCAGUCCUGAGUGGAGCAACGGACCACAGAGACGGCGACUAUGAAGACCCUGAGCAUCAUGUGGCAGACGCAUGGCAAACGAUAAAAAUUUUACCAGCCAGGCCUAUAAAGGAAUCUGAAUAUGCAGAUACACGCUAUUUCAAGGGCAUGAUGGACACUCCCCUUUCCUUGGAUGCCAAGACGUCCAUCCCUAUGGAGAGCCAACACUGGCACACACGAAUGGGGCUGGAGGAACUCCAGGCAUCGGGACGGUGCGGCACUGGUGAAGGAACAGACAAAUGGAUCAGUGGAACAGGACGGCGAGCCCAGGUCGCCUCACAGCCAGGCUCAAAACCCCUCAUCCAGUCCAGCCUCACGGUCCCACACACAAGGGAGCGGAGCUCAGGGAGAACCGGAAUCGCCGAGGAUGACGUCACCUCUGAGGCGGGCCACGCCCUCUCGGUGGCUCCUCCCACGGCGCCACCUGUCACUCUUCCGAAGAAGUACCAGCCCUUGCCGCCCCAGCCAGAGAGCAGCUGGUCACCGCUCCCUCAGAGGCACACCUUUCCCGACAUCCAGAGAGGACCCAGACAGAUAAGCUUAACGGACUUACAUGAGGUCCUUGGAACAGAGAGAGUUCCUCAUUACCAGAUGAAGCCUGAAUCAAUUCAACUGUCACAAAAUCAACGUACUCAAGAGAUUCCUCUUGCCAUCACCAGCCCACCACUCAUGAUAAGGAACCAAAGUGUGCAAAGCAGAGAUCAUGAAGAAAGCGUGCAGCUCCAUCCUCCCCAGAGAUGUCAGUCCCCAGCCCGCUUCGGCCCUCAGGAAACUUUGUCGCACUAUUCAAACAUGUGCUGGAGAAAACCUUUCCCCACAAGUUCUGAUGAAAAGGAUGUCCAGCACAACGACUGGUACAUUGGAGAACACAGUCGCCAGGCAGCAGAAGAGGCAUUGAGGAAGGAGAGCAAGGACGGCACUUUCUUGGUCCGAGACUGUUCCACGAAAUCCAGGGCAGAACCCUACGUUCUGGUGGUGUUUUAUGGGAACAAAGUCUACAAUGUGAAAAUCCGUUUCCUGGAGAAGAAUCAGCAGUUUGCCCUGGGGACAGGACUCAGGGGAGAUGAGAAGUUUGAUUCGGUGGAAGACAUGAUCGAACACUACAAGUAUUUCCCCAUCAUGCUAAUUGAUGGGAAAGAUAAAACUGGAACCCACAGGACGCAGUGCUACCUGACUCGGCCUCUUCCCUUCAGCUGAUGCUUCUCGCCUUGGUAGCCUGAGCUCUGUGCUCUCUCCAGCUCAGGAGAUCUAACCCCUCUCCCAUUUUUCAUUUAUUUCAAAAGAUGAUGUUCCGUGGCUUCGAAGGAUCACUUCCUUGACUUUGGAGAAAAAGAAAAAACAUUUUAUCAUGGAAAUUGGAUAAUCAAUCUCAGUUUAGCAAGUUCAAGCCACUGAAAAAGUAUUUUAAGAAGCAGAAAAUAAAACUUGGCUUUUAGAAACAUACCAUCAAAA